AUGCAAACCUUUCUCGAUCUUAAAAUGGAUAGUGUUAUUCAGAACCUUCGAUCAAAAACUGCCGAUAAUUUUAAACAACAGCAAACUAUGGAUUUGGAAGCAAAUACACGCACUCUGUACCAAUGCUUUAAAAACAAAUCAAACACAUUUGAAAAGUGUCGAGCAGCCUAUUCCGCAAAAUAUUUUGUUAUGUCUGUUGAAUCAAUUGGCAACAAAACUGGAUGGAGAAACGGAUCUCAAAUUUAG